UGAACAACUUGUCCAUUACGCUCAACGACAAGAUAUGAAUCAAAUAUAUUCUGAUUAUCCUCCUGGUUGGCCUCAGGCCCAGAUGAUCUAUGAUCCAUCGUAUCAAGGUUUAUUCGGUGCUGACGCAUCAAUGUUCAUCCUCAAAGGUGUUAGUAACCGUCUACAACAACAACAAAUUUCAUACCAAAAUACAUUGAGGUCCAACGCACAAGAAUUCGUUCCCCAAGCUGUUAGUGCCUAUCCGAAACAACAAUAUCCUCCUCAUCAAAGUGCAUUCAGAAUUGACGCACCAGAGUUCAUCCUCAAAACUGCUAAUAGCCGUCUAUCUUUUGUACAGACACAGAGAGAGCUUAGGGUUGAGACUUCAGAAUUUGUUCUUAAAUCCUCUCGCAAUGAGGUUGCUGUUAGAAAAAUAGCCGUCCCUCGUAGAUCACGGGUACCAAGAAAACUCGAUGGUCCUAAUGAUUUGAAACAAUCCCAACGAUCAGAGGUGCGGAAAGACGUCGUUAAUGCAAACGACGACGACGGUGACGAUGAAGAACGCGAGGAAAUUAGGGAAGAACUUCGCAAAAUACCAAGAAAACUUUCCGUUAUAAGGAAGGAAUUUCUAAAAAAUCACCGAAACAAAGCCAAAUUGAAACAGCGGAAGAAGAAACUAAUUGAGGCAAAACGUUCUGUACCAGUCGCAACGAAAGCUCCGUGUGAAGUAUUUUUGGAAAUCUGUUUUUACUUACCACCAUCAGAUCUGUACUCAAUAACUCGAGUCUGCAAGACGAGUUCAAAUGGUACAUCCGAAGGUGGAGGGAAAUUCCGGAAUGGAUACAAGAUUGUUUUUUCUGCUUUAAUAAGCAUGCUAAAAAAUCGUGCAGAUUUAAAGGGACUUUGGUCAAAGCCUGUAAACACUGUCACGACUUUUAUAGUCGUCGAGCAAGGAAGAAA